AUGCCCUCGCCUGGCGGAGUCGCUAUCAACGUUCGGGUAUGAUAUCGCUUUGUGUCGUACAGUGAAGGUGUCUGCAUGUGUAUACGAAGGUGUGAAUCACAUAGUCGUAUUGGUCUUAGGGCAAUCUUUGAAGGUUCUCCGAAGUUGGGCCGACAUAAUUGAAGCCUUCGUUUUCCGGCUGUCAGUAGUACCUAUAAUGAAGUUAUGUUUCUCACACCCUUCAAUUAGUUGGUUUCCGCGAAGCCACACCCACCCCCCAUAGCUGUUUCUCGCGCACAUCACCUGCCCGACUCACACACAUCGCCAUUUAAUUUCUCCCUCCGCUCAUUUUUCCUUUUCCGCAUCGCAUUAGAUGUUUCAGAUGACGACCGAGCUUGAGAGAACCGAGCAGGUACGCGCCAAGAUCCAAAUCAAGAACCCUCUUGUUCGCAAUGCGCUCUCCGAGUUCUUCGGAACUUUCCUCCUUCUCUUCAUCGGAAUCGGAAUCGUGAUGCAAUUCAUUCUCUCGAACGAGAAGCUCAACACCUGGAUCAACGUACGGACAGAGUUUGUUUGGUUUUGAUAACGCAUAACUUUCAGAUCAACUUGGGAUGGGGAUUGGCCAUCGCCUUCACCGUCUACACCUGCUCCAAGACCUCGGGAGGUCACUUUAAUCCAGCCGUUUCCAUCGCUUUCCUGACUCUCGGAAAGCUCCCAUUCAAGGACUUCCUCGUUUACUGCGUCGUCCAGACCAUUGGAGCCGCUCUUGGAUCUGCCGCUGCUUUCGGACUUUACUACGGUAAUACUCGCCGUUAGGACCAUAAACAUCUACCCAGUAAUUUUCAGACCAGUUCAACAAGUUCGCUGGAGCUUUCCGCACCAUCAUCGGAAGCAAGGCCACCGCCGGAUGCUUCUGCUCGUACCCGGCUCUCCAUGUCUCCAACACCACUGCCUUCUUUGAUCAAGUAAGCGCACAAACUCAUGAUUUCAGACUUAUCAAAUUGCUUUCAGUUUGCCGGAACCGCUCUGCUUGUCCUCUUCGUCUGCGUUGUCAUUGACAAGAGAAACGGAAUCCCCGCCUCCGCCCACCCACUCCUCUUCGGACUCGUUGUCAUGAUGAUUGGAACUGCCUACGGAAUGAACCUCGGAUACCCAAUCAACCCGGCUCGUGACCUCGGACCACGCCUUUUCAGCUACUUCAUCUACGGAUCGGGAGUCUUCAGCUACCACUCGUACUACUUCUGGAUUCCAGUCAUUGCCCCACUUUUCGGAGCCAUCGUCGGAGCCUGGUCGUACACUUUCUUCGUUGGAGCCCACAUCCCGGAGCAACGCGAGACCACCUACGUCCUUGUCGAUGAGGCCCACCAGCCACUCAAGCUUAGGUAGAACACAGAAAAAUGUGCACUGAGAAUAAAAAUGUAUUUCAGCGCCGAUGCCUAA